AUGCCGGUUCGAAUCUAUUGCCAAGGUGUGGAAUUACCAUCUAGUCCCAUCUCCUUACAAGUAUUAUCAGCUCAAGAAUCGAGGGCAACGUCACGAGCGUAUUCGAGCUCAUCUCGUGACGACGUCGAAGCGGUCAUCAGUGACGACAACGACAACGACGACGACGACCACGGCCACAAGUCUGAUUCGGGUGGAUCGGACGUCGACAUCUCACAUAAGUCAUUCGCAAAACGUCGACUUCAUAUCAUUAAACAACUUGAAAAUCAGAAUAAAGCGGCUGGUAAGAAGAAGGUGACUGGACAACAGCACAAGGAUUUGCGGUCGAAGGAAAACAGUGGAGGUGAAAAGGCAGAAUUACAAGACACAUCACUGCAUGAGGAGAUGUCGUUACGUUCAUCCGACAUUGGUCUUGUAUCGUUUUCCGGCCUAAGUGAACCAUGCAGUGUCGGUUCAAUUGUAGAAGUUGUGAUUAAUGCCCAUGGAGAUUGCGCGGCUGGAUCCGUACAAGUAGACGCUGUAUCACCACAUGGACGAGCUCAACCGUGUGCCGUAUCGAAACGUGCUAACUCGUACACGGCUAGUUUUACACCACAGCAAGUUGGUGUAUGGAAAAUUGGUAUACUGUACGAAGGUGAACAUAUACGUGGAAGCCCCUUUUCAUGUCAGGUAUUCGACGCCGGCCUAGUACAGGUUUAUGGGUUGGACGUCGGUCUUGUUGGGCAAGAAUUGAAAUUCAAUGUCAACGCCUCCGAGGCAGGUAGCGGCAACUUAGAGGUUACUGUACUACGCCACGGACGCCAUAUACCGUCAACAAUCGAAGAAGAAGGUCCUCAAGUGUACCGUGUGAAUUUCGUUCCCGACGGUGCGGGUCAAUAUAAAAUUCAUGUGCUGUUCAACAGGAUGGAAGUGAAAGGUUCACCAUUCAUUCUUGACAUUGCUGACGCAUCGGCUGUAUCCGUGUUUGGCGAACAACUACGUGGAGCUUCUGUUGGCCGUCCAGCAUCAUUCAUGAUCCAUGCUGCUGCGGCAGCACCGAAUGACGUCACCGUCGAAAUAACAGGCAUGGUUUUUCUACAAGUAAUCAUCCUGAACUUGCUCGCUCCAUCGGGAAAACAUCGACAUGGUGUGGUAACGGCACUCGAUGACGUUUCCUACAAGGUCGAAUGGAUCCCACAAGAAGCAGGGGAGCAUUCUGUGGACGUACGCAUAUUCGAUCAGAGUGUACAGGAUUCACCGUUUGCAUGUAACGUUGGUGCACCGGAAAAAGUGGCCGUUCGAGCCGUUCCACGACGUAUUUUGACCAAGGAUCUGAAUACUGAACACAGUUUUGAAAUCGACGCCUCAUCUGCUGGAUCGGGAAAUCUAGAAAUUAUGAUCAACGGAGGUCGAGUACCAUGCCGGGUACGGGAGAUCGUCAGUCGGCAAUACAAAGCCGUGUUUACACCCACUCAGAGCGUCACCCAUACCAUAGAGAUGCGAUUCAAUGGAGAAGAAGUGGCGGGUAGCCCAUGGCAUAUACCAGUUGAAGAUCGACCAGAAAGAAGGCACGAAUCUAAUCGUACCACUUCAUACUACUCCGAACUAUCUGGAGCUGGAUUAGUGAGAGCACCAGUGAACAAGAUUGCCUCGUUUGAAAUCAAUGGUGAAGGCUUGGAACUCAGCGAUAUCCAGGCCAAAAUUUAUGGACCUGAUCAAAGAGAAUUUCCAGUUCGUAUAAUACCACGUGGAAAUGGACGAUUUACGGCCGAAUAUCGUAUUGAACAGGUCGGUGAACAUCUUCUAACGGUAUGGAUAGCUGGUCGUAAAGUGGAUGGUAGCCCGUUGUCGGUAGCCGGCUACUCAGCAGAUCGAGUGAGGCUCGAGCCGCUUGGGGGCGGUGCAGUCGGGCAUCCUGUACAGUUUGUCGGUGAGUCGUCGUCAUCAUCAUCGUCGUGGUGGUGGUGGUGGUGGUCGUCCGUCGUCGCUCACCCCGUCCUCGUCCUCCCCACACCCUAUACCCAUCAUCAUCAUACAGCCACCAGCAGCAGCCCACCGGGGGCCGCAGCAUUCAUUUGCCUCAUACCCCCCACUCUACGCUCAUCAAUCCCUCUCCACGAACCUCCCCGUACCUUACAUUAUUCACGGACGGACCGCACACAAGCACCCACACACACACACACGUACACACACGCACUCACUCACUACUACUAUCGCCCAUUUGAUCAGAUCAGUUGA